CUGUGUUAAAAUACAAAAUGUAAAUGUUUAAAAAGUAGAGAAUAUUACAUUUUCAAAAAUUUUUUGAAAUACAAUCGUUUUUAUGGUGAUUUUCAGGAUAAAUUUUAUAUGAACAUUCUCGCCGGUGAAGAGCGGUGCAGAGUAGUCACUCAUGAUUGGCCAAUAUAUUCGCGGUUCCCCGCUUUGAUGCGCCUCGCCGCGCGCCGCCUGAAUUAUCAGAGGCAUUUGUGAUCGCGAUUCCUCAGUUGCGAUCCGUCUACCAAGCGGGUAAUCUUGUAUUCUCUCCUCUCGGUUCUACUCGCGCCGGUUCUCUCUCGUGUCGCAUAAUCUCCCCCUCUCGCUUCCUCCCUCUUUGUCUCACCUCAUCUUCGCUCCCAGGCUCGCGUAAUCGCUUCCAGUGCGAGCUAAAUUUAGCGUUGACCGUUGCUUUUGCCGAGCUGGCCGGCGUAUAUAAAGCUCCUCCUCUCUCCCUUGUCUCGUUACCGCUCGUUUCCUGCACACGCGUGCUGGCGAGACGCGGGAAAACUCUGCGCCGAAUAUCCCACCUGUGAAGCCUCCGUCGGGCAAUCGCAGGGGGCCGAUCGUAAGUAAAGCGCAACGGAACAAUUUUGGAAUUCAAGAUUAGGAAUGCUCGCGAAGAGCGAGCGGCUGAAGUGAAACCCGUAAUGGCCUCUGGCACGAACCGAAAUGAUUUUAUCGACACCCGAUACUUUGGACUUCCUUAAUUCGAAAGGUUUUAUUUUUGUUUGCUAAUACAAUCGCAAACACAUCGGCGACGCGGUCCAGUAAUCGCCAUAGCGAUGUGCGACAAAGUGUGAACUUGGAUCUCUGGCGAUAAAAAUAUCACGGGCGCAGAGCGGCCGCAGGCAGGUGGUUUCUUCCGAGAGUCCCUCCACCUCGGAUUGGGAUCUCGAACUGUACUGAGCGAGCCUUUAAAUCCUGAGUAUGAUCAAACGGGGACAUUAAAAGUGGGAGAAGGGGGGUGCAAAAAAAAAAAUAGAGAAAAACGUAAUAGAGUCGCGCAAAUCCAGGGAGUGAUAAGCGCGACCGUUCGUGUGUGGCGCGUGCAUUGCGCGUAAUAAAUGCUAAAAAUAACCGCGCUAUCGCGCCGCAAGCGAGUAUCGAAGCGAUAAAUAUCACAACGUGCGGCCCGCGCCGUCACACUUGAAUUCUACGAUUUUCUUUUUCGAUCGUCCGUAAGAUACCGCGAGAGAAACGGGAGGAAAAACACAGGUGUCCCCUUUCAAGUUGUCAUUCGAGCGCUGGACGCGAUGAUUGGGCUCAAAAAAAAAGACAGGAGGGAAGACCCACGUUUUCGCGAUACCUGAAAAAAGAAAUGAAGAAAAAGCAAUACAAGGCAAUGCACGCAAGAGCAAUCGCGUAUUCCCGACGCAACGUUUGAGGACAAAUCAAGAUUUGAUUUGAAAACGAGCGGGGCGCAUUUAAUUAACAGCGAGUGAAUCUUUUAUCGUGUUAUUGUAAGAGUACUGAUAAUAUGGACCGAGACUUUAAUUAGUGAGACUAGAAGUGAUUUUUCAACGACGGUAGUGGUGGAAGGAAUACGUCGAGGAAUUUAAUACCAGUUAUUGCGACUUCGAAAUCUCAAUUGAUCGCAACGAGUAUUUUUAUUUUUCUUUUUCCACGCAUAUUGUAAUCCAAUAUAUUUUAGUUUAUGGAUAAAGCAUUGCGCAGUGUUUUUGUUUCACAUCGCCAAAAUUGUGAAAAUUUAAUUUGAAAUCAAUUUGUCGCGAAACACAACUUUCCAUCGAUUUAAUCAUAUUUAUGAAAGAAAUCAAUAAAAAAGAAACGAGAAAAGCAUUCUACAAAAAAAACUAAGUAUGCGGGUUUACAUGCAACGGGCGAACAUGUUCGAUUGGUAUCCACGCACGGAAAGCUCGGGCGUAAAAAUCAUUGGCGCGUAUCAGCAUCACGGAACGAUCAUCCAUCAACACGGUAGUGGCGAUGACGGUAUUCACCGAGAUCACGUAUUAUCGGAUGCGUAUUGUUGUUGUUUGUGCACAGAGAUGGCCAGAGACACGCCGGGUUCUCCGAUGCCGCGACCGCGAGAUUUGGGUGCCAGUGGUGGAGGAGGCGCGGCCACAGCCACCUUAACUUCCGGCGCUUAUCACGCUCCAGCAGUCGACGCCACCAGUAUGCACGGCCAACACGCGUUGCAGCAGAAGAUACUCGAGCUACAGCAGCACCAUCAGCUUCAGCAACAGAUCCUCCGGCAACAAUACCAUGCUCAAGAACGACAACUGGCUGAACUACACGAGCAACAGAUGCAGCAACUAAAACUUUGGGAACAGCAGAAGCAGCUAGAAGAACAGAGGCGAGAGAAAGAAAGGCUCGAAGCUCUUAGGAAAAAGGACAAGCACGAUCAUAGCGCGAACGCAUCUACAGAAGUCAAGGAACGUCUUCAUAGUUUCCUGGUGAACAAGAAACAAAGAGAGGCAGCUGCCGCGGCAAACGGAGCAGUACCCGGUACACCCGGAUAUAGGAGUUGGUUACAACCGCAAUCAGAAUCAUCAAGCACCACAAAUGCAGCGCAUCCAUACCAGAUGCCGCAGAUGCUUCAAAAGUUUGGCGACGAUUUCCCACUCAGAAAAACAGCCUCGGAGCCGAAUUUGCUGAAGGUGCGACUAAAACAGCGCGUGGAGAGGAACAUGGCAGCGUCAAGAAAUUCACCCCUGAUGGCACGCCGGAAGGAUCGCCUGGCGUCGCAUCUCAAGCGGAAGUCGUUACUAGCAAACCCUGGCAGCAAUCCUGAGUCCGGGCCUAACUCUCCUCCGACUGUGAAUAAUUCUCAAGCUAGUCCCACUGCUGGAAGCAACACAGCGAUACAGGAAGAAGGUGAAAAUCCAGCGUAUGGAGGACGUCUCACUAGCAGUAGUCAACAAGGCAGCCUUUCAGAUCUUUCACUCUUUAGUUCACCGUCCAUGCCCAAUAUCUCGUUGGGCAGACCACACGUACCAUCGAGCUCUUCGAGUGGAACGAAAUUGGCACCGGUUUCGGAAGCGGAAGUGCGGGCUGCGUUCACGGCGCGUCUGGGCAUGCCGCUCACAGGCCAGAUGCUGCAUGGCACCUUGCCGUUCUAUCCAUCCCUGACAGUCAUCGAUGGCGAACAUCCAGCAUACAUCCAUAAACAAAUACAGCAAAAUUUACAGGAGCAAACAGCACCGUCCGCAACGGUGGGCGGCAACAGGCAACAUUCGACAGCAGCAACGACGGUGUACCAUACUGCGGCACCGAUCACGGAUACACAAGUAGCGCACGCAAGACUGCAAAAGGCUGGUCAUCACCGGCCUUUAGGUAGUAGAACACAAUCCGCACCCCUACCACUAGGUCAUCCAAUGCUGCAGGGCGGCAUAAUUGCACCGACUACCCAUUAUGAGGAAUAUCUCGCGGAGAAGCAGUUGCAUGAUCAACAACAAGCGCACAAUUAUCUAAAACAACAGAUCCGUCAGACUGUUCUGACGCGAGUAGGUUCACGCGGUCAGACUAAUCAGCUGGAUGAAGCACCAGAAUCCGAGGAAUCCGAAGUAAUAGAUCUCACGGGCAAGAAGGAUCACCCAGAAGAAAGCGAGAUCUCAAAGCAGCAAAGAGAUCGUGAACAGUUCUUGCAACAACAGAGGGAUCUCAUGAUGAGACAUACGUUGCAGACGAAUGAAUUAACUGCAUAUCCUGGUGGUUUAAGCAGAACCUCUCAAUCAGCCAGGCCGCUCUCGAGAGCGCUGUCGAGUCCUCUAGUACAUUUAGGUCCUCAGACCAGUGGUGGUGAUAUUUUCGCGCGAAGUUCUUCGCAUCGGCCCACCACAGGAUUAGCCUAUGAUCCACUGAUGCUGAAACAUGCAUGUGUCUGUGGCGAAACGGUUAGAGGUCAUCCUGAACACGGUGGUCGAUUACAAAGUGUGUGGGCUAGGCUAUCGGAGACGGGUUUGUUGCAACGUUGCGACCGAGUGCGCUCGCGCAAGGCUACACUCGAAGAAAUUCAGACAUGCCAUAGUGAAGCUCAUGCACUUUUAUUUGGAACGAAUCCGUUGAAUCGACAGAAAGUAGAUAUGUCCAAGCUGUCGCAGUUGCCUAUCAAAAGUUUCGUCCGACUUCCCUGCGGUGGAGUUGGCGUUGAUUCUGAUACAACAUGGAACGAGCUUAAUACUGCACCUGCUGCUCGAAUGGCGGUAGGGUGUGUUGUUGAUCUUGCAUUCAAGACAGCUCUAGGCGAUAUUAAGAACGGCUUUGCUGUAGUGAGACCACCCGGACAUCAUGCAGAGACUAACCAAGCUAUGGGUUUCUGUUUUUUCAAUUCAGUGGCAAUCGCAGCGAGACUACUUCAGCAGAAACUCGACGUUAGAAAAAUUUUAAUCUUAGAUUGGGACGUUCAUCAUGGGAACGGUACGCAACAGAUGUUUUAUGAUGAUCCGCGAGUGCUGUAUCUAUCGAUACACAGACACGACGACGGUAACUUCUUUCCCGGAACCGGUGGAUCUACUGAAUGCGGCGCUGGUGAAGGUCUCGGCUAUAACGUGAACGUGGCAUGGUCUGGUGGUCUAAAUCCGCCUAUGGGUGACGCAGAGUAUCUCGCGGCGUUUCGUACAAUUGUUAUGCCAAUUGCUAAGGAAUUCGAUCCGGACAUCGUGAUUGUCUCGGCCGGUUUUGAUGCGGCUGUAGGCCAUCCAGCACCAUUGGGUGGCUACAAAGUCAGUCCGGCAUGCUUUGGCAGGAUGACGCAACAGUUACUUAAUCUGGCUGAUGGAAAGGUUGUCCUCGCCUUGGAAGGAGGCUAUGAUUUAGCAGCGAUCUGCGAUUCGGCACAAGAGUGCGUUCGAGCGUUACUCGGUGAUGAACUCAGUCCACUUCGGGACGAAGAACUCACGAGAAUUCCCUGUCAAAACGCCAUUGAUACGUUGCAAAAAACCAUUGCUAUCCAAAUGUCGCAUUGGCCUUGUGUAAAGCUGGCUGCCCAUACAGUCGCAAUGAGCGCCAUAGAGGCAAGCCAAAAAGAACAUGACGAAACGGAAACCGUGUCCGCAAUGGCCUCUUUAUCUAUGCAGCAGCCUACAAAUCUUACGACUACGCCAGAACAUUCCCGAGAGGUUUCCGAAGAGCCGAUGGAGCAGGAUGAAGCCAAAUGAAGUGCAUAAAGAUCAUUCUGCUAGUGUAGAAAGCAUCAAUUAAUUGCACGAAACUGUGUAAAUGCUCUUUGGGAUCUCUAGAAGUGCAUUUCUCAGUGCAAAUAGAAGAACUCACCAUCAUCACGCGUGUCUACUGUUCCAGACGUACAGUCAGCUACGAAUGUUCCACUUGUGGAAACACGGUUGAUGUCGCGUGCAAAUUCGUGCACAGUCCCGAGUUUAAGAUUUUCAAAUAUUUUUUUUCCAAAUAAAACGAUAGAUAACAACGGCCAAGUAAUAAGGAAGAAGUGAUCUGUAAGGUCCUGCACACAAUGGAAGAAUAUUAGACACUAGGAAUAGGAAUUUUAGAAUCAGUUUUCUCUUUGAACACUACAGAUAAAUAAUAAUUUAUAUUAUAUCUUAUAUGACAUUUAUGCCUUACAUUUUAUUCGUAUUGUGCUAAUGUUCGUUGAGAAAACUUUAAAAUUUUUGUCCCUAUUCUUAAUAUUUAACAUUGUUCUAUUGUGCGCAAGGCCUAAUACUUUAAGAGGUUAAUGAUGAUUUGCGAUAGUACGUCGCAAGCUUGCCAACCUCCCUUUUUUUGUGCUAGACGUGAAAGCGCAAAGUUUGUGAAUUUUGCAAAUGUUUCUAGUGCACUUCGCGCGUUUAAUGCGCGAGAUUGUUGUAUAGUUAAUUAUGGAUGACAAAUUGUAUUUGUCCAUUCUAUAUAUUUUUUUUUAUUGUGAGUCACACGAUUUGUAAUCUUUUUAACGAAUCGCUGUUAACAUUGUUGAGAUGAGCUCGAGCGCGUUAAAUAGCUUUUACUCACCAAUUGGAUAUUGCUUGACAAAUUUUCGAUCCCAGUGUCUUAUCGGCGAACAACGAAUGAUUUCGAGACUUGAUGUAAAAACUGAAAUGGAAACAUUUAAUAAUAUUAUUAACAAACACUUGUCUGGAUAAUUCCAAUUAAUUGUUAUGAAAAAGAAAUUAUAGAUUAAGUAUUUUGUCGUUCCACGAUUUAGUGGGAGAAAAUAAAUUAUAAACACGCAUUCUUUAAAAAUGAAUGACAUUCGUAAAUACUUUGUUGACGUUAUCGAUAUAAAGUAAGGCGUCGAAACUUUCUCACAACUGUAUAAAACAAAUUUAAUGCAUCGUGUUGCCUUGGAUAAUUCGCAGGAAGAAUUAAAUAUUCAUGAUAAUCCAUGUAUAUAUUUUUGAAUGCUAAUUGCGACCUCAGACGUCUACUUAGAACACUUUCAACGAGUUGUAUUUUAUCGAAACAUUCAGGGACACAAGUACAGGGAAUUUGCGAAAGAGCUGUGUUAAAACAACAAAUGUAUAUUUCGAAUCCUAGAGAUUCAUUUUAUAUUGCGCCUAUUAUGAGAAAGACACGAACGCAUUAUAGAUAAUAUAUCAACCAUAUAUAUGAACCGGGAUAUGAUUUUUCGAAAGAUACAUGGCUAUGAGAACAUCAGUAUAAGUGUCUUUGUUAUGUACGAAAUCAUUUUUCUAAAAUGAGGAAUUUCUUAUAAAUCAUCAAAUAAAAAGAUUAAAUAAAGAUAAUAAAAUGGCAAGUUUAAUAGCAGAAAGAAAGCAACUUAAAUUAUUGCGCUCGCUGUUUCUCAUUUCUCUUUCAUAAUGAAUAAAAUCGAGAAAGAGAAAGAAAGAGAGAAACUGGCAGAGGUAAAUAAUUCCGAUAAUAUAGAAAUAUAUAUAGGUAUUAUGCAAUUUUUAAAAAAUUAAAUAUUUUAUAUACGGAGGUUCUCUUCACGGCUAUCCGAAGUUUUCCUUUGAAAAUAACAAUUUGAUAAAAUAUGUAAAAAAAUUAUAAGAAAGAAACCGACAUACUGAGUAACUUUACAUCGAGCGAUUCUUUUUGAAUAAAUAAUGCCCUAGUAAUAGGUCACGAGAUUUUUCUCUGAAGGAGGUAUCAGACUACUUGAUCGGUGCACAUAGAAAAUAUUCUCCGAAUUUCCAGAAAUUUUCGCGUUUACGUCAGGCCUCGCUAGAAGAGUUAGUGCAAUAAGAACGAUUGGACAAACAUGUAUUAAUAAAAGACAGUAGCGUUUAGAUGUAAUUUUUUUCCGCCUUCAACACGCGCGAUCUACUCUCUGUGAAGACGCGUGCGUCGCGCAUCGUGCUGGUCACUAGCGCUUUCAUUGUUUCGUCGUCCGAUUCGCUUUCCUUGUUCUUCGGAUGUUCAAAGAGUACGAGAUGGUGAGCUUCACAGUGCGUGAACACUUCUCUCGAAUCGAGACCGACUUACGCGACUUAGACAACAAAAUUCGUGAUAAUGUUAAAAGAAAAAUAAUAAAAGAAAAAAAAGAAAAGUCAAUGUCUAGAUCCUAAGGUGAUAUUAUACCUUGUGCAUGAAAAAUAUGCAAAUAUACGUGCGAUACCACGUGCACGCGGUAAAAACGUGACAUAAUAUACCUUCCGUACCAAAAGAUGCCAUAAUAUGUCGAUGCAGAUUGUUUCGUGACCAAUUUGGUUAUUAUCGGAUGAUGUGCGACAAUUUUUAGUCUUUCUUUAGUUUUGAUUGAAAAAAUAAAAUUUCAGAUUAGAGUUGAUUCUGAUUUUAUUUGACAACUUGUACAGCAUGGGACAACUACAUUGCAGCAACAGUCUUACAUAUUACAAUGCAAUGUUUCAAAAACAUUAAAACUAUGUAAAAAUAAUCCUAAAAAUGUAGCAAUAUUUUUAAAAUAUUGUAAAGAUAAACUGGUAUAAUUUUUGUACAAAUAUUUAUGUACUCUUGCACAUUUUAUGAUCAAACUUUAUUAAAUACAAAUCAGUUUUAUAAGUAUUAGUAAUUAAAUUCGUGCUUGAAUGCAAUAUAAGGCGUAUAUAAAAUUGCUUAUAUAUCCAAAGUAUCUCUUUCUGAACUCAGUGCAAAAACUAAUACAGCAAGUUUUACAUAUAAAAGCUAGUCAAAAAUGUCUAAUAAAUAUAUUCUAUUCUAAAUCGUUUUGAAAUUACAAGGCAUUAAAGUUGCUUUCAUAAUGAAACAUUCAACUUUAACAUUUAGAACAAUUAGUAAAGAUACAAUAAAAUAAAUUUGUCAAAAUUGUGUUAAAAGAUUCUCUAAUUUUGUCUGCAAUUUUGAAUAAAAUUUCUGGAAAAACCUGGAAUUCUCAGGGAAUUUUUUAAAUAAAAUUUAGGUACGCACCCUGUGAUCAAACUUUGAUUUACAUAUGAUUAUAUAUUUAUAAAAAAAUUUAUAAAAUUAAUAAAGAUGUUUGUUAAACGCAUAUUGAGAAAUAUAAAGGCAUCGAUGUUGCAAUCGCAUAUUUUUCUUCGAAAUUUUUAAUAAUAGUUCAAAAUUUUUAAAAAUAUUUGGUGCAUAAAAUUUUUGUCUGUCACGUAAAUCACUGCCAGCGACAAUUACACGGCAUGGCCGCAUAUUCCUACGAGCACGUGCAAUCGCAUCGAUAUAUUGUUAAUAUGUGUUAAUGUUUUCAAAUGCGAGAAUGAUACGCGCAGAACGGACCGAAAGUAUCGUUUUGAUGAGAUUUUAACAUGAUUUUUCUUGCUGCGGACAAAGGCUGGUGUGAUUUUUGUGAUAUUUUGUAAAAAGAAGUUAAGCUAUAUAUCGUUAUUAAUUAAGCAUAUACGUCGCGGGAAGAUGUGUGUAAGCAGAUAGGAGAAAAGUAAAUACAUAAAUAUAAGCAUUUAUUUUUAUGUCAUGCAUUUUGGAGAAAAAAAGAAACAGAGAUGAAUAUAAAAGGAAAUUCUAUUGAUAAACGAAUUACACAGGGAUGCAUAUAUUAUAUAUCGUUCGUCAUGCAAGAAAUAAAGAAUAUAUAUCUAUUAUAUGUGUAUAAUGCAUAUGUGUAUGUGUGUAUAUGUGUACAUGUGCACACAUAUACACAUAAAAUACACCUCACGCCCCAUGCAUGCGCGCGCGCGCGCGUGUGUGUGCGUGCGUGUCUGUGUGUGUGUGUGUGUGUGCUCGCGCGCGCGCGCGUGCAUAUGUAUAUUGUAUAUCCAUGUACCGCAAGAAUCUCAAGUGUUUGUUAAAUGUUUAUUCGAUAAAAAAAUUCAUAUUGAAAAAAUGUGUAAAAAUUGACUCGAUGUACAUUAAUUAUAAAAAUAUGAGUCCAGCCUAUGUGUAUACAGUAAGUUAAUUAAUGAAAGAGUACGAAAGAGAAAAGAAACGAGAACGUUAUGACGAGUGGUGGACACCAGUCUUUUGGAAGGUAACUUUAGAUGCGUGUAUAUCUAUUUGUAAUUUAAGAACGAGUUUAUCAUCGGCGGCACUGUGGUUGUUGCGUCAAUCAAAGGAUACGUAGCUCACUCUUAAUUAAGAGAGUGAGCGCCUUUUGAAGUUUACAGAACAUUAUAUAUUAUUACCGCGGGCCUAUAGACAUCAUAUUCUGGUUAAUAAUAUCCUCACGUUUCCUCGCGAUAUUCCCUGUUUGUCCUUGUCUCAUGUAUACUUCAUUUUGUUGUUAUAGAUUAUUCUACGAUCGCGUAUACAAGUAAUAGAAACAUCCAAAAAACCUAUAUAUGAUCUGUACUUCCUAAUUCCACUAAAGGCAUCUAAAAAGAACUUUGAAUUUUGUAUCACGCAAGGUUUACAUAAAGAUUAUAAUUGUGCUUGACGAUCAAACGGCCACAUUUAACGCCAAAUGUAGGAUAUUGAUACAAAAUGUAAUGUUUUAAACAAUGUUUGAACUAAUGAUCUUGUAUUCAUAUUUAAAAUGCGAAGCGUGAUUGUCUGAUAACUUGUGCUUAAGAUAACAAGUAAGGUCUCAAGAUUUUUAUGAAACAAAAUACAAAUUUAAAUUGUCACGUUUAACCGUACACGCGUGGUAUACAAAUUUUAAUCUUUUAAAGUUUUGCGUCGCUUAAAUACAAUCCGAACGAUGGACGUUUCACGCGAGUUGUUCGAAGCGAAAAAAAAGCGAGAAACUUACGACAUUCCGGUAUUACCACCCAUGGCAAGUUGAUACAAAUUAGAUGUAAAUGACUAUUAAGUUUUUAUCCAAAUGCCGAAUAUAAUAAAUGUGGAUUUUAAUAGAGUCUACUUAUGUUAAUACACAUACACACACAUGCGCGCGCGCGCGCAGCACGCACGCACAUGCACACAUGCACGAAUAUACUGUCUAUAUUGCAUAAGCUUAAUGUAAUAGUCAUAAAUUUUUUAUGUAUAUAAAUGUACCUCGUAAACUAAUUUUAAAUAAAAAGUAUAGUCAUUGUGUUAAA